CGGAUAACCGCCAUAUUGGUUAAAUUUUUGUAAAAAUAUGUCCCUUGAAUCUGAACCCGUAACCCACAUACAAGUGGAAAAUAUUGGUGAUUACACGCAGUACAUUGCACAUGUCACCCCGGUCCAGCUGUCUGCCGAUGGCCUCUCAGAUGGCGCGACGAUGGCGUUCAUCGAACAUGCCAUCCUCGACUCGAAUCAGGUGCUGGACUCGAGCCAGACGAUCGAGGUGUACCAGGCGAUACAGCAGGGUGGGGUGGAGCACAUCAUUCUCGAACAACCUGUCAUCGCACAGAUUGCACAGAGCUGUGUUGAUCAGGAGCAAGGAACUGGAGCCGAGACCAUCUUCUUUACACAGUCGCCCAUGCCAGCCGCCGCACCGCCACCAGUGAACCCACCAGUUGGAAAGGGUCCUUUCCCAUGUGACUUUUGUGAGAAAAUCUUCCCGAAGUGGAAGCAGUUGCAGCGGCAUGUGAAGCUUCACGAUGACGACAAGCCUCAUCGGUGCGUGCAGUGUCCGAUGUCGUUCAACGUGGAGGAGAACCUGCACCUGCACAUGGCCACGCACGUGGGCGAGAACAGCACGCCCACCUGCCCCGAGUGCGGCAAGACAUUCUCGCGCGUCGCCAGCCUCAAGGCUCACAUCAUGAUGCACGAGAAGGAGGAGAACGUCAUGUGCCCAGAGUGUGGCGACGAAUUCGGAAUACAGAGUCAGUUGGAUCGACAUAUGCAGGAGCACAGAGAUGAGCAAAGCAAGAGAACUCACAUGUGUCGGCAGUGUAACAUGGAGUUCUCUAAACUAGUCAUGUUACGAGAACAUAUGAAACAGCACUACAAGGUCAGGCAAUCCUUAUUUCAUCGCACUUACAAAAGAAACAUAGAUCGCUCGACAUUUCAUCACAGAUGUAAAUAUUGUCCGAAAUCAUUCCAGAAACCCAGUCAACUGGUUCGCCAUGAGCGUAUACAUACAGGUGAGCGACCAUUUAAGUGUCACAUCUGUGACAAGGCGUUCAACCAGAAGGGGGCGCUGCAGAUCCACCUGACACGACAUACCGGUGACAAGCCACACAUCUGUGAAUUCUGUCCUAUGACGUUCGCACAGAAAGGAAAUCUCCGGGCUCACAUACAGCGUGUUCAUACAGUGACAAAAGAUUCGGACACCCCAGCAUUUGAGUGUGAAGAUUGUAGUUGCGUGUUCCGCAAGCUGGGCAGUCUCAAUGCACAUAUCAGCCGAGCACAUUCGGAAACAACGACCUUACCCUCUCAGAUAGAAAUGCAACGAGUGAAUGGGGACGAUCCAUCGAAUGUGAAUGACAAUGUAAUUCAGCAGUUGUUGGAGUUGUCGGAACAAGUACCUUCGGGAGAUCUACCGGGUCAAGAGUCAUCGGCGCAUCAGCCAUCGCACCAGGAGCAGGCUGACCUAGCUGGAUCUGUUCCGUCUGACAUCUUGCAACAAGCGCUGGAGAACAGUGGCCUCUCGUCAGACCAGACUGGUCAGAAAGGCCGCAGUGUGGUGUCGACUAUUGCAGGAAUGACCGUGACAACAACCAAACUGAGCUCACAUCUAUCUAGUCUUACCGUCCAGGACCCAGCUACGGGUACAAUCAAGAAACACGUCAUCAGAAAGAUAAAUGGGGUGAGGUGGCAUCAGUGCACGUACUGCUCGAAGGAGUUCAAGAAACCCAGCGAUCUCGUGCGACACAUCCGAAUCCACACCCACGAGAAGCCAUACAAGUGUACGCAGUGUUUCCGCGCAUUCACCGUGAAGAGCACGCUCACCGCUCACCUUAAGGCUCACAGCGGGAUCAAGGACUACAAGUGUGAUGAGUGUGACAAGCUGUUUUCUACUCAGGGCAGUCUCAAAGUUCAUGUCAGGUUGCACACAGGUGCGAAACCGUUUGAGUGUACUCACUGCAACAAGACGUUUCGCACGACAGCGCACAGGAAGGCUCACACGAUGUCUCACUUCCGCGACAGCACGGUCGAACGACGGCCACGUCGGCCGUUCCGUCACAAACGUCCGGACGUCACGCUGCCAGACAUCCCACUACAAGAACCCAUUCUCAUUACUGACACAGGACUGAUUCAGCAGCCACCGCGGAACAACCAGGUGUUGAGCACAUACCUAGAGGAAGCGGGGACCGUGGACAGACCAUACAAGUGUACUUUCUGUCGACGCGGAUUCAAGAAGUCCAGUCAUCUCAAACAGCAUGUUCGAUCUCACACAGGUGAAAAGCCAUUCCGCUGUAACCAGUGUAUGCGAUCGUUUGUGUCGAGCGGUGUCCUGAAAGCUCACUCGCGCACUCACACGGGGGUCAAGUCGUACAAGUGUCUGAUCUGUGACAACAUGUUCACGACUAAUGGCAGUCUGAAGCGCCACAUGUCCACACACAGUGAAGUGCGGCCAUUCAUGUGUCCGUACUGUCAGAAGACGUUCAAGACAUCGGUCAACUGUAAGAAACAUAUGAAGACCCACAGACACGAACUUGCCUUACAAGCUCUACAGUCGGAUGAUCCUGAGCUUCAGCAGGCCGCCGAGGAAUCGACCGACAACCAGAUGCCCAUUGAGGGCACGAUCUCCCAGCCCCAGACCCCCACUGACCUGUCCACCCUUCAGCAGCAGGACAUCGGUCACACCACCACCAUCACGCAACAGGAUGUGGUUGCCACGACAACCAUUGGCCAUCAGGAGCUGCAGACGAACCAGGUGUUGAGUCAGGCUGGACUUCAGGAUGAUCUGAAUGGAAAUUCCUCCUUGCAACAGCAGCUGCAGCAGACGUUCAAUCAACAGGUGUUUGGUCAACAAGGCUUCAGCCAGGGUUUCAUCGGUGGUCAGCAGAACUUCAACCAGAUCAACAAUGUUAAUCAGUUUGGUCAGACUGUCACCUCCACUCUCAAUGGAGGUCUGGGCGUGGCCAGUUUGGGAGGUCAGAUGACGACGCCCCUCGGAACCCAGGCAACGAACGCUCUCAAUACUCAGAUUAGUGGACAGCUCGGCACUCUCAAUCAGAAUCAGUUUGAUUUGCAGUCUCAGCCACUACAGAACAAUGUGGAAGAAGUACCUCUCUCUGAUGCGUUUGAACAGUCUACUAAUUCCAUAGUCACCUCAAUGCCAAGCACGUCUAUGCAGAAUAUCCUACAAACCAGAGAGCCUGACCAGGUGGAACUGCCUGACGAUGAGGACCAGCUGGUGAGCGAUGACUUGGAGGAUGUGGACUACGGGCGGCGGUCAUACCGGUGUAGCUACUGUUCCAAGUCAUUCAAGAAGUCCAGUCACCUCAAACAGCACAUCCGUUCUCAUACAGGAGAGAAGCCGUUCAAGUGCUAUGAAUGUGGUCGUAUGUUUGUGUCAUCGGGAGUGCUGAAGGCCCACUCGAGGACCCACGUGGGAGCCAAGGACUACAAGUGCCACCUGUGUGAGGCAUGCUUCACGACCAACGGCUCCCUCACGCGCCACAUGAUCAUCCACAGCAACAGCCAUGCCUACAAGUGUCCCUUCUGUACCGAGACGUUCCGCACCGCCAUCCACUGCAAGCGCCAUCUGCGACAACACAAAGACGAUUCAGAUCCUAACGAAGAAGCUGAUGAUAGUCAACACAGGUCAAAGUUCACUACUAUCCACAUCAGUGACGAGCAGACCGAAGAGUUAUCGAAGAAUGCAGAAGAUCUGUCAUUGUCAGAGAAAAUUCUCAUAGAGUCAGCGUCGGAGAAAGAUAGAGUUAGUGAGAUACAGCAGGAGCAGAAGCCUCUGCGAGUGUCGAAGCACCCCCAUCAGUGUGAAUUCUGCGACAAGAGCUUCAAGAAGCCGAGCGAUCUGCUGCGACACAUCCGCAUCCACACGGGCGAGAAACCCUUCACCUGUCAGAUGUGUGGCCGCACCUUCACCGUCAAGUCGACACUCGACAGUCACAUGAAGACUCACGGGCCAGGUGACAAGUGUUUCAAGUGUCACGUAUGCAGCUCUCUGUUCUCCACCAAAGGCAGCCUUAAAGUUCACAUGCGUCUCCACACCGGUGCCAAACCCUUCAAGUGUUCCCACUGCGACCAGCGAUUCCGCACCUCUGGCCACCGCAAGAGCCACAUACUGGGCCACCUCAAAGUGCCCAAUGCCAAGAAGCGGAAGAGCAGCGCAAAAACGGCCAUCAUCGACAACACUGCCCAGCAGAUGACUGUGAACCUGCUGAGUCAGGCCGACAUUCAAGCUGCGCAGAACCAACAACAACAACAGCAGCUGCUGCAGAACCAGGUGGUGAGCAUCGACCCGGCGUUGCUCCAGCAGCAGAACUUCAUGCCCGUGUCGUUGACGGUGUCCGACAGUCUGGGAGGGACGGGGCUCAGCGAGGGUGUGCUGGCCACGAACGUCCUGCAGAACCUGGAGGGAAUCCAGCUCCACCUGACGUCGAACCUUGGCCAGAACAUCCAGAUCGCGGGGCUCGACCCCAACAUGCUGCAGCAGACCGUGCAGAUCGAUGCCAGCCUCCUGCAGCAGCUACAGCAGCAGGGCAACAUCAACAUCACUAUCAACCCCAACGUCUUGACGCAGGCGGCCGCGGCUGACCCAAAUCUGGUGACUAACAUGCAGGUACAGACGCUCCAGGAGGUCCUGAACCCGAAUGUUAUCAUGCAUCCAAUGUCGACACUGGUCACCCAGCAGUCGGUGGAUCCUGGGGGCGAGGUCAGUGUGCCGGUCACCACGAUGACCACGAUGUCAGCGGUGGAGCAAGACUCGCAGGAGGACACUGCAGAGUAUGUGGUACAUGAUCAGCUUUCUCAAAUGACACUACCUCAUCACGUGGAUGCCCACGGUGUCACUGUUAUGGAUGGUCCGGAAGAUGAAGACCAUGUUGUGGAAGAUGUUGAUGAAGAUGAUGUGAUGGUGAAGCAGGCCAUGGAGGAGGAUGACGAUGACGACGGUGAAGGGUUGUCUCCCCUGGAGGAGCACAACACGACGAUCAUUCACGACAUGGAGAGUGCGUCGGGGAUCGACUUCCAGCACGAUGAAUCUCACACUGAGAAGAAGAUGGACGAACGCGCUCAUGUCUGCAAUGUCUGUAAUAAGGGUUUUAAACGAGCCAGCCAUCUGAAGGAACACCUGUCUACUCACAUUCCCGGUGCUAAUGCUAAGAAGACGAAGGCCAAGCCACACGAGUGUCCAACUUGUGGAAAAGCUUUUCAGAAACCAAGUCAGCUUGAUAGACAUAUCAGAAUUCAUACCGGUGAACGUCCAUUUGUUUGUGGGAUGUGCAACAAGGCAUUUAACCAGAAGAACGCGCUGCAGAUUCACCUGAAGAAAUACAGCGGGGAACGGCCACACAAGUGUAACUACUGCCCCCUCGCCUUCAUCCAGAAGGGCAAUCUGAAGACUCAUAUAAAACGGGCACACCACUUAGACAUGGUGAACUCGAUGAACCUGCCAAACAUGCCUCAGAACUUUAACACCUCUUCCAACCCCGACACUGUCAGUAUUACCUCAGCUCACACAGGGGAUGGGGUCGAAGGUCAAGGUCCCGAAGAAAGCCUUGACCUUUCGGAAGUAGCUGAUCUGUUUCAGAAUUAACAUUGUGAUAUUUAAAUAAUCUGAUUGAUAAGUCUUUGUUAUUGACCACUGUCGUCGUGUGAAAAUGAAAGCAUAUUUUCAUUCGACAUGACAUGACAUGACAUGACGUUGUAUUCUCAUUAUAAUAGACCCUAAUGGUCAUUCUUGAACUGGGGAAAGUGGGAAAAACUUCCAGAGAGGUUCAAGGGGUAAUGACUUGAGUUAUUCCAUGACACAUUCAGAUUUUGAUCCUUUUCGGGGAGUUUUGCAUACUUGUACUAUGACAUAUAUUAUAAAGAUCUGUAAAAGUUAUGGGGUGGAAGGAGGGGGGGUAAUAUUUUGUGGGUUGCUUUCCCCUAUUAUUUUUUAAUAUCAUUUUCAAGAGCUUAUAACGUUUGAUCCAGAAGAGAAAGGAAAACUUAGCAAUACAAGUAUUGGUAUAUCCAGUUUGUUUUUGAUUAUCCUAGUGUUUGUAGUUGCUGUAACUUCAUUUUAUUUCCUAAUAUAUAUAUAUAUAUUUGUACCUACACAUUUAUUGGGAGGCAAAAUCCAGUUUGGUUACUACAAACAUUAGGAUGACCAAGGCCCAUGCUUAUAAAACUUUUAAGAGUCCAGACUCGAUCUCUAAUGACAUCACACGCAUACAGUUUGUAUGGCGUUCCCAUGACGUUAAAGCCUCAGACUAUUAAAUAGAGUCUCGAGUCUAGACUCUUAACAAGGUUUAUAAGCACAAGGCUUGAAAGCCUUUGAAUUUACAAAUACUGAUGCUCCAAACAAAAAGAAAUAUUUAAUAUAUAAUUUUAAUCAUUAAACGGGCUCCAUUAGUUAAACAUGUUACCAUGGCAGCAGACUCUGUACAAUCACUUUAAUACAUGUUGUAGUGCAUUUAUGCAAAAUACACUUGAAUUCUGAAAGAGUCAUAUGGGGGACUUCUGUUUGAGGUGAGGCUGUUUGGGGAUGAAUGUUAUUGUGGGUGGAUACAGGAGAGGGGUGUGCAUCCCGUGUCAUGAAAUACAAUGCACUCCGCAUCAUGUAUGAACUUGACAGGAUUCCUGAUUCCAUCCCUUUGAGCAUCAUCCUUAAUGUUUAGUGUGCUCUAACCCAACCAACCAGCUUACCAGUCCAUCCGUCCAUCUGUAUUUAUUACUUUUCAUAUUACGUUUUUAAAAACAAAAAUUGGAAGAAAUGAUUUCAAUGAUUAUGUUAGGACAAAAUAUGUUUGUUGGAUCAUUUGUGGGGUGUUUGUUUUUUUGGGGGGUGGGGGGGGGGUGUUGGCAAAGUUAGACGAACAAUCUCAGUUUAAUAUCACCAAGAUCUGGUUCUAAAGUUGUUCCCAUUUAUCUUCAUAAUUGUUCAUAUUGUUGACAAGUUUCUGUGUAGAAAUGUGCUGAAUUGAUGAAAGGUGAUCAUGCUGACAAUAUCUGACUUUUGCAUGUCGCUAAACACCUGUAUUUAUUAUAAAUUAUUACGUGUGACGAUGUCUCUGAAAAAGGGGAGAGAAUAAUGAUGUGGGGAAAUGGCAAAAUAGCUAUUGGACAUAACAGUAUGAUGGACACAUAUUUUGGCUGAAAAACGCAUGUGACAACUUGAAUAUUAGACUUGUACUAAUAAUCAGAGUUUCAAGAGUUAGCAUGUAAAGAGUUUUAUUACCCCAGCUCGCACUCGUAACAAGGGAAAUAUAAAUCAUAAUUUCUAAGAAAUUAUCUUAUAUUGGUGUAAUGUACGGUACAGUAUUAUUGAACAAUUUGACACUUACAAACCAAUGACUUUGUUAGUACUAAAUAUGUCAGCAUUGCGAUUUGGCAAACAAGCACAAUGUUGUCGCAUAGUUUAAAGAGCUUGCAUUUGUGUGUCUCCAUAUUUAUUGCUAAAUUUGCAAUAAAAUGUUAUUUUGAUGCAAUUCAUUACAGAUGUUUGUUUAAUAGCAUAAGCAGAACUCUAGUUUUUAACAAUUAUCUGUGACCAUGAAUAAAAUACAAAGUUAUAACAGUA